AUGAUAAAGAUAACUUUUUCGCGUGAUGAACGACUUGGUUGGUUAACCUUUUGCCCUUCCAAUUUGGGAACAACAAUACGUGCCUCUGUACAUAUUAAAUUACCAAAAAUUAGUUUGAAAGAAAAUUUAAAAAAAAUUUGUGAAGAAUUAAAAUUACAAAUUAGAGGAAUUAAUGGAGAACAUACAGAAACCGAAGAAGAAAACAAUGUUUUACAUUUCUAA